AUGGGGAGAAGACCAUGCUGUGAGAAAAUGGGAUUGAAGAAAGGGCCAUGGAGCGCUGAAGAAGAUCGAAUCUUGAUUAGUCAUAUUCGUCUCCAUGGUCAUCCCAACUGGAGAGCUCUCCCUCAACUAGCUGGGCUACUUAGGUGCGGCAAAAGUUGCAGGCUUCGUUGGAUAAAUUAUUUGAGACCAGAUAUCAAACGUGGCAACUUCACUCCUCAAGAAGAAGAAACUAUCAUCAACUUGCAUCAAAGCUUAGGCAACAGAUGGUCUGCUAUAGCUGCAAAAUUACCGGGAAGAACAGACAACGAAAUAAAAAAUGUGUGGCACACUCAUUUAAAGAAAAGAAUCCAGCAUAAUCAAGAUCAAAAUAUCAGCGAAACGAUUUGCGACAAUGAUGAACAACUCGUCUCAGUUAUGGAUGAAAAGAGGCCAAGCUCUCCCCAACAACAAUCUAGCAGCAGUACCAACAUUUCAGCGGUUACAACAUCGAGCAACAACAACGACGUGUCCAAUAACAACAUCAAAGACUCUGCGACGUCACCAGAAGAUGUUCUUCCAUUGAUAGAUGAGAGCUUUUGGUCAGAAGUUGUAUCGAUGGAUUACAACAUUUCAGGAGAUGAGGAGAUAAAGAUAGAGGAUUGGGAGAGCUCAUUAGAUAGCAAUAUUAAGGGAUAUAACCAUGACAUGGAGAGUUGGUUUGAUAAUCUUCUCACUAGUAAUCUUACAACUGGAGAAAAUUCCGACAUUUUCUGA